UCUUGUCCACCUGAGUGGAUGUUGGAACAUUGAACUCUACAGAGUACGGACAAAGCAGGAGAGGGUGCAGAGAGAGAGAGAGAGCAAAGAGUGUUUGCUAUGGUGGUCUGCUUCUUGCUAAGAUUUAUUUUCCCACCACCCCCUUCCUUUUUCAUCACGGCCAUGUCAAUGAUUAGCUUAAUAUCAUCAGCUAAGCUUGGGUUCUCCGAAGUAAGAGGAGAGAACUUACAGUAUUCCAAAUUUUGGAAUGUAAAUCCUCGAAAAUCCGGAAGAAAGCAAAUUAAACUUUCUAGCAGAACAGGCAUGCUUUUUGCUUAUACUCCCGCAUUUCUUGCCGGUCUCGCAUCCUUGGUGUUUUUCACGCAUCAGAAUGCCCGAUUUCUGUUGCUUGCUUCAGCUCUAACCCUUCAUUUCUUCAAGAGGAUCUUUGAGGUGCUAUUUGUUCACAAAUACAGUGGCGGGACGGUUCUUGAUUCUGCAAUUUCUAUCUCUCUUGGUUACUUUGUGUCCACUGCAAGCAUUAUCUAUGCCCAAACCUUAACGCAAGGGAUUUCAGAGCCACCAGUUGAUUUGAAGUAUCCUGGAAUUUUGUUGUUUCUUAUUGGAAUCAGCGGCAACUUUUACCACCAUUACCUCCUCUCCAAGCUGAGGGGAGAGGGUGAGAGAGAAUACAGGAUUCCAAAUGGUGGUUUAUUUGAGUUAGUGAUAUGCCCACACUAUCUUUUCGAAAUUAUGGGUUUCUUAGGGGUCUCAUUUAUCUCUCAGACAUCGUAUGCUUUCUCUUUCACUCUGGGCACCAUCUUUUACCUGAUGGGAAGGAGUUAUGCCACUAGGAGAUGGUACCUCUCCAAAUUUGAGGAUUUCAGUGAGGAUGUCAAGGCCCUCAUUCCAUAUGUUUUCUAGAAUGUAAAACACCCUGGACAGUAUUAUAACUUAGAUGGUAACUUAGAUUUUCCCUGUUGUUAA